AUGCUGCUUAUUUUGAGGCUGUUCUAUCAAGCUUCAUCCUUCGACAAAGGAGAAAAUAGAUCCUGGGGUGAUUUAAACAUCAAACCGCCCUUAGGCAACAGCAGCAUUUCGCGCAUACAUCAUGGAAGUUAUAUGAAGAGCUUUCGACAAAGUCUUGAGCCGUCACCAAACUUCUUCGCGGCAUAUGAAAGACUAUCAACCACCGACUGGCGAGACAAGGCACUCUCACACUCCGAGCAAUUUUCGACCUACCGAGUCAUCUCCAUGACAUGGGUCAAGGCAUUGGCGUCGCCUUUCUCCCAUGAAUUUAUUCAAUUCAUCGUCGAGCACCCCACGACUUAUGAGCGGACUCGAGUUGCUGUUGGAAGGGAAGAAACAGGAGACUGGGUGAUUAGUGGAUGGAAUUGGGCAUCGGGUGACCCACCUUCUCACCACUACACCCUGCCUUUGCCACUGCUGUCGUUGAUAUUCCACAAAUCAAAUAGACCUGACAUAGGGUCGAUCAGUCAUUUAUUGGCAAAGGUUACUGAGAAAAAGCCGCAGUAUAACUUGAUCCGAGAGAUGUGCUGGUGGUAUGCAGAGACCAUUUUCGAGGAGAUGAAUUCCAGGUACGGUGGCUCACUCAAGGAAUGGGAAUGGUCAGAAUACCGGUAUUCAUUCAUAGUGAAGACCGCAAUUCUGAAGCGAAAGGUGUUAACGGAACACGCGGAGGCGUUUAGAGUUCAAAUAGCGAACGAAAUGCAAUACUGA